AUGAAUAUUCUUCUCAGCCACACACACUUCGCAUCUGACUUUGCUUCUCGAUCUGACUGACGUAAACUUUCUCGAAAACGUUUUUUUUUUACGAAAUUUCGUAAAUUUCUGAACAUAAAAAAGUGCAAAUUUCCACAUUCCACACAAAAAUGAUCAUACCUUCCGACACGGGGGCAAAACUGCUCGAUUUCACGCAACGGUUAGACAUCGACUUGUUGGAUCAUGUCGUGUCCUGCAUGUAUGGAGGGACGGGGGAACAGCAAAAACUAGCCCAGGAAAUUUUAACGACGUUGAAAAAUCACCCCGAAUCCUGGACCAGGGUCGACACUAUUUUAGAAUACUCACAAAAUCAGCAGACGAAAUAUUAUGCGUUACAAAUAUUGGAGCAGGUUAUCAAAACGAGGUGGAAAGCGCUGCCGAGAGUGCAGUGUGAAGGGAUUAAGAAGUUUAUUGUGGCGCUUAUCAUUAAGACGAGUUCUGUCCCCGGCGCGUUGGAGGGGGAUCAGAGGGUUUAUGUUAAUAAGCUUAAUAUUAUAUUAGUACAGAUCUUAAAAAGAGAAUGGCCGAAAAACUGGACCACCUUCAUCCCCGAUAUUGUCGGCGCUUCGAAAACCAACGAAUCCCUGUGUCAGAACAACAUGGCGAUUUUAAAACUUCUCUCGGAGGAAGUGUUUGACUUCUCUUCCGGCCAGAUGACCCAAACCAAGGCGAAACACCUCAAAGACACAAUGUGCCAAGAAUUCUCCCAAAUUUUUAACCUUUGUCAAUUCGUUAUGGAAAAUACGACCAGUCCUGGCCUCGUGUUGGCCACGUUAGAAACUUUGUUGCGAUUUCUAAACUGGAUUCCAUUAGGGUAUAUAUUUGAGACUGAGUUAAUCUCCGUGUUGACAAAGAAGUUCCUCUCUUCUCCUCCGUUUCGUAACCCGACGUUGAAAUGUCUCACGGAAAUUGCCUCCGUCACGGUGACAAAUUAUGACCCCAAAUUUAUCCAGCUUUUCACCCAAACAAUGUCCGAACUGGAAACGAUGAUCCCCCUCUCGAUCAACAUUCGCGAAGCGUAUUCCCGUGGGGCAGACAAGGAGCAGCAAUUUAUCCAAAAUCUGGCCAUGUUUUUGUGCACCUUUCUUAAAGAGCAUGGUCAACUGGCGGAGUCACAGGCGCCCGACGUGCUUGUCAAGGGGUUGCAAUACCUCGCAUUAAUUUCUGAGGUAGACGACGUUGAGAUUUUCAAAAUCUGCUUGGAAUAUUGGAACGCCUUGGCGAGUGAGCUGUAUAGGGAAACCCCCUUCCCCACAUCGCCCACGCCCCUCUUCUUAACACCAAUCCAACCCUCUUCCACUUCGUUUGAGUCGAAUCGCCGCAUUUUCUAUGCCCCUCUCCUCUCCAGAGUUCGAUUCACAAUGAUAUCUCGGAUGGCAAAACCGGAAGAAGUUCUUGUCGUGGAGAACGAGCAUGGCGAAGUGGUCCGAGAGUUCAUGAAGGAUACAGAUUCGAUCAACUUGUACAAAAAUAUGAGAGAAACGCUCGUCUACUUGACCCACUUGGAUUGUUCGGAUACUGAGAAAAUUAUGACGAAAAAAUUGCAAAAUCAAGUCAACGGAAGCGAGUGGAGUUGGAAGAAUUUGAAUACGCUCUGCUGGGCAAUCGGCUCCAUUUCUGGCUCUAUGCACGACGAGGAUGAAAAGCGCUUUAUCGUAACCGUGAUAAAGGAUUUGCUCGGGCUGUGCGAGCAAAAGAAGGGAAAAGACAACAAGGCCAUCAUCGCCUCCAACAUCAUGUACGUCGUGGGACAAUACCCCCGCUUUCUCCGAGCUCAUUGGAAAUUUCUUAAAACCGUGGUCAACAAACUCUUCGAAUUUAUGCACGAGACUCACGACGGAGUGCAGGACAUGGCUUGUGAUACUUUUAUCAAGAUUGCUCAAAAGUGUCGCCGCCACUUUGUAACCGUACAAAUGGGAGAGAUUUGUCCCUUCAUCGAGGAAAUUCUGACGACAACAUCGACCAUAAUUUGCGACUUGAUGCCGGGACAGGUGCACACAUUUUAUGAAGCCGUUGGUUACAUGAUCUCCGCCCAGACGGACAGUAUCGUGCAGGAGGCGUUGAUAGAGAAAUACAUGGCUUUGCCGAAUCAGGUUUGGGAUGAAAUAAUUAGCCAGGCGGCCACCAAUGUCUCCGUUCUCAAAGAAAUUGAGUGCGUUCGCCAGUUGGGAAGCAUUUUAAAGACGAAUGUCCGUGCGGUCAAGUCGUUGGGACAUGUUUACGUUGUGCAGCUCGGCCGCAUUUAUCUCGACAUGCUAAACGUGUACAAAGUGAUGUCGGACAACAUCACGACCGCGAUUGGCACCUACGGCGAGUCCGUCACGAAGCAGCCGAUCAUCAAAGGGAUCCGUGUCGUGAAGAAGGAAACUCUCAAAUUGAUUUCGGGCUGGAUCUCACGUUCCAAUAAUCCACAAAUGGUCCUAGAAAACUUUAUUCCUCCCUUGUUAGACGCCCUCCUGCUCGAUUACCAGCUCUGCUCCGUUCCCUCAGCCCGUGAACCGGAAGUACUGACCACCAUCGCCGCCAUCGUGAACAAGUUGGAGGGCAGCAUUACGCCCCAAGUGCCCAAAAUAUUUGAUGCCGUGUUCGAAUGCACGCUUAACAUGAUUAACAAAGAUUUCGAAGAGUUUCCCGAACAUCGGUUAGGAUUCUUUGAAGUGGUUCAGGCCGUGACAACCCACUGUUUUACAGCGUACCUAAGUAUCCCACCUCCACAAUUUAAACUUGUGCUGGACUCGAUAAUUUGGGCGUUAAAACAUACGAUGCGUAACGUGGCGGAUAUCGGGCUCCAAAUUUUGUACACCCUCCUCCAAAGCAUGUCCCUCCAACCGGCCGAGAUCGCCCAAUCUUUUUAUGAGACCUACUUCCUCGAUAUUCUUCAACACAUAUUCUCCGUCGUGACGGACACCUCCCACACCGCGUCCCUCUCAAUGCACGCCACCAUUUUGGCUUACCUCUUCUCCAUCGUGGAAAUGGGUCGAGUUCAACUACCCGGAGCUCCAGCGGGUAGUAAUGGCGUCGUGAGUGUGGUGCAAGCCUACGUAGCGGAUCUCCUUAAGCGUGCAUUUCCCCACUUGACGGAUAACCAGGUCAAGAUCACGGUUCAAGGAAUGUUCUCUCUUGAUCAGGACGUGAACGGAUUUAAAGAACAUUUAAGAGAUUUUCUUGUUCAGAUUAGGGAAUUUACUGGCGAGGACGACUCUGACCUUUAUUUGGAGGAGCGUGAAUCCAUGUUGCAACAGAUCGAGACAGAAAAAAGGAAAGUGCAAAUGUCCGUGCCUGGAAUUUUAAAUCCGCACGAAAUCGCGGAAGAUAUGCAAGAUUGAUAUGUAUUAGUUUAAUUUUGAACUUAAUUACUUUUGAAACUUAAUUAAUUUUGAGAACUUAAUAAAUUAUGAUUAAAUGAUUGAUUAUA